AUGUUUGACUACCAUGAUUUCCAACAGGUCUUUCCUGCCGGCUCUCAGCUGCCGUAUGACGGCGAGCUGCAGGCCGACAUUGAGGACAACCGCAAGACCUUUGGCGGUGUCCUCUUCAUCGACCGCGUCAUAAAGGCGCUGGGGUUCGCAAAGGGAAAGGUUUAUCCCCCCAAGUCGGAUAAUGGCCUGCGACAGCUCCACCGCCAAAUCUGCGAAGCCUCCAUGUCUCUUCAUCACAAGUUCUCUAUCCUCUACUACAUUCUCCUCGACUUUGACGAGUCCAAUGCCCGCAACCUCCCCUCGGAAGCCUUUUCCUCGUCGUCUGGUAUGCCGAGGAACUACCAAAUCCUGAUGAAGGGCUUGUGGCACCUGGAUCAUCAGGAGUUCUCGAAAUCCCUCGAGUACAUUGCACACCCCUCUCUUAUCCCCGACUUUGCCGACGAUAUUCUCACAGCCCUCGUCCGUCACGCCGACGACCCAACGGCCCUCGCGUACUACUACACGGUUCGGCCUAUCCUCAAUUCAUCCUCGGCUCUUCAGCUACUCUUUGACGCAAUGGCGAGGACAAACAUCACCGAGGCCCUUCUAUUCUCCCGUACUCAGCCUGAACAUACACGUGAGACCCUGUUCCAGCGUCUAUUAUCUGUGGCACUGGGAGGCAAGAGCCAAGACUUUUUCAGUGAAGUUGCCUUCUUGCCCUUUGAAGCCGACGAGGAGGCCUGGCUGGAAGAAUACCUGACGAAUGGUGACGGCAGGCUCCUGAAGAAAGCCAAGGACACGCUCCUCGUUCGUAAGAUUGCUGGCGAUCGGUUUGAGGAGAUGGCCCAGAUCAGGAGCGGUGGCCAGUGGGGUCCUGUUCUUGAUGGUAUCAAGACUGGGACCAAGGGACAAACAGACUGA